AUUACUAUGGGAGAAACCAAAGAAAAUGAUGCUUAUGAAGAGGAGCUUCUUGAUUACGACGAGGAAGAAGAGAAGGUUCCAGAUCCCGCUGUCACCAAAGCUAACGGCGAAGCCGCUAAAAAGGGUUACAUUGGAAUCUACAGUUCAGGAUUCAGAGACUUCUUGCUGAAACCAGAGCUGCUGCGCGCAAUUGUCGAUUCUGGUUUUGAGCAUCCAUCCGAAGGUAAUUAACUUAUUCACUCAACUUGGAGAUGUUAAAAUGGUCUGGUAAACAUUUCAAUUACAAGGACCAGGAGGUCAUAUUUUACUCACUGCGGGUUCCCUCGCACCAAUUUUUUGGUAUUUCCUCAGUGCAACACGAAUGUAUUCCUCAAGCUAUUUUGGGUAUGGAUGUCAUCUGUCAAGCCAAAUCUGGUAUGGGGAAGACCGCUGUCUUUGUUCUCUCAACCCUACAACAGAUUGAUCCUGUGGCUGGACAAGUUGCUGCACUUGUUCUUUGUCACACUAGAGAAUUGGCAUAUCAGAUAUGUCACGAGUUCGAGAGGUUCAGCACAUAUUUACCUGGUAUUAAGGUUGCUGUUUUCUAUGGAGGUGUCAACAUAAAAAUUCACAAGGAUCUGCUCAAGAAUGAAUGCCCUCACAUUGUGGUGGGUACUCCUGGAAGGAUCCUUGCAUUGGCUAGAGACAAAGAUCUGUCACUAAAGAAUGUCAGACACUUUAUUCUUGAUGAGUGUGACAAGAUGCUUGAGUCACUGGACAUGAGGAGAGAUGUGCAAGAGAUCUUUAAAAUGACACCCCAUGACAAGCAAGUGAUGAUGUUUUCUGCAACUCUUAGCAAGGCAAUCCGACCUGUUUGCAAGAAAUUUAUGCAAGAUCCGAUGGAAAUAUAUGUGGAUGACGAAGCCAAAUUGACCCUUCAUGGUCUUGUACAGCACUACAUCAAAUUGUCCGAGUUGGAGAAGAAUCGCAAGCUGAACGACCUGUUGGAUGCUCUGGAUUUCAAUCAAGUUGUCAUUUUUGUCAAGAGUGUCAGUAGGGCUGCUGAGUUGAACAAACUUCUUGUGGAGUGCAACUUCCCUUCGAUCUGCAUCCAUUCUGGCAUGUCCCAGGAAGAAAGAUUGGCUCGUUACAAGGGAUUUAAGGAUGGAAAACAAAGAAUUCUUGUUGCUACAGAUUUAGUCGGCAGAGGAAUUGACAUUGAAAGAGUAAACAUUGUUAUUAAUUAUGAUAUGCCAGAUUCAGCCGACACAUAUCUGCAUCGGGUUGGCCGAGCUGGGAGGUUCGGAACUAAGGGACUUGCAAUUACGUUUGUGGCAUCUGCUUCUGACUCAGAUGUAUUGAAUCAGGUACAAGAGAGGUUUGAAGUCGAUAUUAAAGAACUUCCAGAGCAGAUCGACACUUCGACAUACAUGCCAUCAUAAUUGAACGCGCUACAUCGUUUGAUCACAUUGUGGAACACUAGGCAUGUUUGGAGAAGGCUGAUGAUAGAAAUAGAAAUCUGACCGUGGCUUUGAAGUUUGCUCUGUGAGCUGUUUAGUUCAGCAGUGUUUGUAAUUCUGGCAGUCAGAUUUCAUUGUACUAGUUAUGUUUUUGUCUUAGUGACUAAAUACUUUUAUUUGUAGUUUUCCUAUGCUCAACUUAUUAAAGGAUUAUUACUUUUUAUUGCGAUACAUAGGAUUUUGCUAGCAGGUUUGUUUAAUGAAUUCUGUGGAUAUGAGCAGGGAUUUUUGUAGCCCUUUUUUACCCUUUUAUAGGGGGGCUGAUUAUUUAGUUGUUUCUAUUUUAGAUUCAGUUAUAUAGCCUAAUAAUGAAUUUUUGGCCCUUUUGAAA